AUGAUCUCAAUUAUCUUUCUUAGCUAUAUUGUCUGGAGAAGGAAAGGAUACCAACGGUUUCAAGAACCGCAUGGCUCAAGCAUUAUUAAAGUCAAAGGAAUCGGACGUGUUGUAGUAGGGAAUCCAUUAUUUCUCCCUGACAAUCAAACGCAAGUCUUAUGGGAUGCAAGUGAAUUCGCUAUUCCACCAAUCGAAGAAAAUACGUUCUUCAUUGCCACUCGCAAAACAAUUACUUACGACCAAACACUCAGUGUCUGUCCGAGUGCGUUGAAUGAACAAUUGUUUUGUAAUGAAAUAAAUAAUCCUUGUAAACAAGGAAAACCAACAAAUAAUACAUUUGGUUUUCAAACGGGAAAAUGUGUGCCGAGUUUUGAAGAUCGAACAAAACGCGUCUGUGAAAUAAAUGCUUGGUGUCCUGAAGAACUAACCAAUUCGACAGACGAUCAACUUGAUGUGAGUGAUCUGCAGAAUUUUACUGUUUUUAUUAAAACAAUCGUGUCGUUCGGCGAAUUCAACAUAAAACUACGAACUGUGAAGGUUGACACAGAAUUCUCCUGUCGGUUCAAUCCUGAUACUGCUGCACGUUGUCCGAUUUUUCGUAUUGGUUAUAUUCUAGAAAGACUUCACAAGGAAGAUUCCACAAAGAAUCUGACGGCAUUGUAUUCUCAUGGUGGUUUAAUCGAGAUCAAACAAAACUGGAAGUGUAAUUUCGAUUUCGAAAUCGACCGUACCGGAUGUUUUCCUACUUACUCUUUCAAAUUGUUGCAAGAUGGAGAUGAUCUUUUUUCACCAGGAAUCAAUUACCGAUAUGUGAACAAAUAUCGUGUCAACGGAAUUGAAUAUCGCACGUUGACCAAAAUGUAUGGACUUCGUUUUGUAUUGGCAAUCACUGGCGAAGUGGGAGGAUUCGAUUUGUAUUAUCUGUUUUUAGCUAUUGGAUCGGGAAUUAGUUGGAUGGUUAUCGCUGAUUUCAUCUGCGAAUUUAUCUUUAAAUAUAUCCAUAAGAAUAACGAACAAUAUUGCCAAGGAAAGAUUUUCAUCUGUGAUUUAGUUCAAGACAGGAAUAUUGUAACGAUAAAAUUUUCGAUAUCGUUUGCAUAUCAAUCAUUCAAUAUGAUGAAAACCACCAUCUCGUAUUUCGCACUCUUUCUGCUCAGUAUGACAGUUCGAGUGAAAUCUCAAGUAUGUCAGAAUGUUGAUCAAUACGGGCAAUGUUCGGUCAAUAGUGCCUGCGGUUGUUUUCAUAUGGUGAAUGCUGACAACGCUGGUGUAUGCGGUUUUCUUUGGCCAAGUUGUUCGCAUCUUUCAUCAUGCAAUUCUGCAAAUAACACUUGUCAGUCGUCGGAUACGGUCUGUGUUCAUCAUCCUCGAUGUCAAAAUGCACCGGUUUGUUAUCCUGUGUCAAUGAUUGAUCAACGGGUGUGUCCACCAACGACAACGACAACUCAACAAACAGUAGUUACAUCAACGACAUCGAUACCGUGGUCAACUACAACCACGACUUCUGUCCAACCGAAAUGUCCAAGGUUAAUAACGUUUGAUAAUAUUCUUAAUGCUGUCCGCAUACCACAACCCAUUCCACCUGGAUACUCUGGUUUUCAAUGGGUAAAUGCAAAUUACAUGAAUGUCACUUAUCAUGAGCAGAUUAAUGGCUCAUCAGGCUAUUCUAAUGCCCUGACAAGUGGUCAUUUUAUUGCAGUGAAUAAAGAUGGUCAAAAUCUACACAUGAUCAAUAACGCUGCUAAGAGUUUUAGUUUGAAAUCGUUGAUAGUAGCAUCUGCUUGGAACAACAAUCUUAUAUUAGAAAUUACAGGCAAGCGCGGUGGAACGAUUUCCAAUACACGAAGAAUCACAUUACAAAUGCAAUCGCAACGUGUAGAUCUGGAUUGGUCAUUCCUGGAAACUGUCUCUUUCUCAGCUGAGGAUUCGAAGUCAAAUGCGAAAGGCAGAGAAACAUCGUUUGGAAUUGAUAAUUUAUGCAUAGAAUUUACGAAAUAA